CGCUGUCUCUGGUCUGGCACGUUCCCCCUCCAAAUUUUCCGUUUUAAUUUGGAUGCCCUUCUCAAGAUUCGGCCAUUAGCGACCAAAUUUAAAAUACCACUUAAACACAUUUUCAGUGGUGUUUCUUUACCACGUAUUUGGAAAUUACACCCUUUAAUUAAGUAAAAUGGCGGUGGUAAGCGGGUUGUCCGGGCCGGCGGUUGCCCGGCUUGAGGGCCGUGAAUUCGAAUACCUGAUGAAAAAGCGGUCGGUGACUAUCGGACGGAACUCGUCGCAAGGCUCUGUAGAUGUGAGCAUGGGUCACUCCAGUUUCAUAUCCCGGAGACAUCUCGAAAUUUUCACAGCGGGAGAAGAUGGGGCAGGUGGUGGGGACUUCUAUCUGCGGUGUCUGGGAAAGAAUGGGGUAUUCGUGGAUGGAGUGUUUCUGAGACGAGGUGCCCCUCCUCUACAGCUACCACGAGUGUGCACGUUCCGGUUUCCCAGUACCAACAUUAAGAUCACAUUCACAGCCCUGUCCAGUGUGAAAAAAGAGAAGAGAGAAGCCCCCGAAUCCCCCGUGAAGGCUGUGCCCCCUCAGAUCUCCCCCCUCACCAUAAACAUUCCAGACAACAUCGCUCACCUGAUGAGCCCCCUGCCCUCCCCAACAGGCACCAUCAGUGCUGCUAAUUCGUGCCCGUCCAGUCCACGGGGGGCGGGCUCCUCCGGAUACAAAAUGGGCCGCAUCAUCCCGUCCGACCUGCAGCUCAUUGGAGACAACUCACAAUCCGAAAACGACAAAGAAGCGUCAGAAGGGGACAGCCCCAAGGAUGAUUCAAAACCGCCGUACUCCUAUGCACAGCUGAUUGUCCAAGCCAUAACAAUGGCUCAAGACAAGCAGCUGACACUGAAUGGCAUCUACACUCACAUUACAAAGAACUAUCCGUACUACAGGACUGCAGACAAGGGCUGGCAGAACUCCAUUCGUCACAAUCUGUCUCUAAACCGCUACUUCAUCAAAGUCCCGCGCUCUCAAGAGGAGCCUGGAAAGGGCUCGUUUUGGAGAAUCGACCCGUCGUCUGAGGGCAAACUUAUCGAGCAGGCGUUUAGGAAACGACGGCCCCGCGGCGUCCCGUGUUUCAGGACCCCUCUAGGACCCCUGUCCUCCAGGAGCGCCCCGGCAUCCCCCAACCACUCCGGGGUCCUCUCCGCCCACUCCAGCGGCGUCCAGACCCCUGACAGCCUGUCACGAGAAAGCUCUCCCGUUCCUAUGGAAUCAGAGCCCGCCCCAGCGCCUCCUCCAGUUACUGCUGCUCCUGCUGCUGCUGUCCAGCCAAAGCUAGCUGUUAUCCAAGAGGCGCGCUUUGCACAGAGCACGGCAGGCUCUCCUCUGAGCAGUCAGCCAGUGUUGAUCACGGUCCAGAGGCAGUUACCUCAGACCAUAAAGCCCGUGACCUACGCCGUGGCCACGCCCGUCACCUCUUCCACCUCCCAGCAGCCCGUCAUGCAGACCGUUCACGUGGUCCACCAGAUCCCUGCCGUGGCGGUUACCACGGUAACGGCCCUGAACACCGCCAGCACCCACACUGCCUCCAACCAGGCCUCCGCCAACUCAGCCAAAACCGAACCGCAGGAGAACGGCGAACACGAAGAGCUGAAAGUGAAAGUCGAGCCUGUGCCCACUAUUACUCACGCCUCUAUAGGAACAACCAAUCGCAUCAUCCAGAGCACCCAGGCGGCCACGCCCCUCCAAACAGUUACCAUAGUGCAGCAGGCACCACUGGGCCAACACCAGCUUCCUAUUAAAACUAUUACACAAAAUGGGACACACGCUGUCCCUGUGGCCACGGCAAUUCAGGGCCAGACUAACUCAGCAGUUGCCAGUCCUCUUCACAUUCUGGCCACUCACGCUUCAGCAUCUGCCUCUCUCCCCACCAAACGGCAAAACGGAGAGCCCGCAGACGGCGAGCAGCCCGACAGCAAGCGACUCAAAGCCGAGGAGAACGACCACAAUUCAGCCCCUGAGCCCAAAAGCAUGGCAGAUACGGACACUCCCGCAUCAGCCAACGAGCCCGUCGCUCACGACUAGUCCCGCCCCCCCGCCCCCUCUGCGCCACCUCAUCCUCUCACUUUACUCCUUUACUUUUCUCAUGUUCGCGGAUUGCUUUCUCCUCCAUCUGGUUUUCUUUCUUCCACCUCAACCAUCCACCCUCAAGGUGCCAAAAGGGGAGAAUUUUUUUUUUUUUUUUUUAAGUUAGAAAAUUUCUGACCCUACGAAUUGAAGCAAAAAUUCAUUUCAAUAUGGAAAAACAAUAAGAAAAUGAACUAAAAAAAAAAAAGAUCAACCUUAACAAGAAACAACGAGCUCCCAACGUACCCUGAUAAGACAGUGACGCCACUGAAGAGAGGUUGCAGACGUGAGUCGUCAAAGGAAAGCCUUAGCACCACUACCCCCCCCCCCCCCCCCCCCCCACGGGAGAGUCUGAGUUUUUUUUUUAAGACCACAGAAGGCCAGCCGAGAUCCCCCAGCGCUGAGGCCGUGACAAGACCACCACGCAACCCACCCCGCAGGCCGACCUCCAAAGAAGUGGACUGACUGGUACUAGAUUUACAGCAGCACUUCUGGCCUCCCUGCAUCUGGGGCACUCUCACAGCUAAAGGGAUCAAAAAUCGGCCCGGCCAUUUCCUGUAUUUUUGGCAGCUAGCCUUUCAUAUCCGGAUUCUCACCCACCCCCCACCCCCCCCCCGACACACCUUACUGCAGCUGUUAAAGUAGAUUUGGAGUCUUUUGUUGUUCAUAUGUGGAACAUAGGAUCUGUUUUUGGGUGUACUUUCAUUUCUAGAGAUGAAAAAAGAAAAAUAUUAACAAAAUUAAAAAAAAUGAGGACAAACAUGCAGACCUUUUAGAACCUCACUAGGUUUGUAUGUGGACUGUUAUUUUUUUCUCUUCUGUGAAACUGUGUCGUUUCUUUU